CUGCUCAUCAGGAAAAUGGAGAGGCAUCGAUCAAAAUUAAUUAGCUGCAUCAUUGCAGUGCGAUCAAUUGAUGAGAGAAUAAACGAAUUUGCUCUAAAUUAUCGACAAGUAUGUCAAAACGACCAGGUAGCUGUAAAUUUAUUGACAAAUCGUAGGGACUACGUCCCAAAAGUUGAGGAUUACGUUGAGUACACCAUCCCGCAGUACGAACCAACGGACUUCAAGAGUCACUUUCGGCUUGAAAAAAGUACAUUUGAGCUCCUCAUUCAGCAACUUGGACCUUGUCCAGAGUUGAGGCCAAGACAAAUCCCCGGAAAUCCUCAUACAGAUAUUACAAAGUCGGCAUUGGUUUUCCUGUGGUAUGUUGGAAACCUGGAAUCGUUUCGCAGCAUGGCUGAUCGGUUUGGGCUUUCACAGUCAACUGCUCACAGUUGUUGCAAGAAGGUAGCUUCUGCUAUAAAAUGUAACCUUAUGCCAAACAUAAUCACAUGGCCCUACACGGAAAAUUCGAAGCAAAUUAUCUCUGAAGGAUUUGCACAACUUUCUUCGCUUCCUAAUGUGAUUGGAGCUGUGGAUGGUUGCCACAUCCGCAUCAAGGCUCCCAUUGAUCAUCCACAAUCAUACUUCAACAGAAAAAAAUUCUACUCAGUAGUUCUACAGGGAGUCUGUGACCAUCAGUGGAUGUUCACUAAUGUCAUGUGCGGUUGGCCUGGUAGCAGCCAUGAUUCUCGGGUACUGCGCAAUUCCAGUGUAUAUCAGGAUGCCCACAUCAAGUUUCAAGGACAGGAGUACAUCAUUGCAGACACAGCCUACCCACCGAAAACCUUCUUACAAACCCCCUUUAAGGAUUUUGGCCACCUCACACAAGAUCAGAGGCGAUUCAACAGGGAGUUGUGUGCAGCCAGGCAAGUGAUUGAGAGGGCUUUUGGCCAUCUAAAGGGCAGAUUUCGCAGGCUCACCCAAUUUGAUGUCAGUGACCCACAAUUUCUUGUGUCCACAGUCCUUGCUGCUUGCACUUUGCAUAAUGUCUGCAUUGCACAAAAAGAGGAGGUGCUUCUAAAUGACAUAUUUGCAGUGUCUGAAGAUGAAAUGCCUGAUGGAGGGCAUGAAGCACCAAGAAAUGAUGGAGCCGGACGACUGAAAAGACUUCAGCUUGUUCAUCAAAUCAAUCAUCAAUAGGAAAUGUAGAGAAUAUGUACAAACAUCCAAAUCCAUUUGACACAUGGCAGACUUCAUGUCGAGUCUGAGUCACCUCUCCCAAGUCAGAGUCCAGUCAUGAGUCAUGCAGGUCGAGUCCGAGUCACCUCUCCCGAGUCAGAGUCCAGUCACGAGUCAUGCAGGUCGAGUCCGAG